GAGGGGGAAAGGGUGGAGGGGCACAUCCCAACACACAGGAAAGCCAAUGGGAGAUAAUUAUCUUGUCCUCCCACCGUAUCUUUGAUGUGUCCUCCCAGGAGCGGAAGUGUCUGGGAUUCCGCUCAAUCCAUCGCUCCAAAACCAGGCGUUUGCACGGGGAGGACGGAGCGUUUGCUUCUCUUCCCAAUAGAGGAGGGAGAUCUUUCACCGUCGCUCUGCGCUAUUUAUGAGGCUUUACCAGCGCGGGACAUGGUCUUUGAGCGUCAUGUUUUAUUAUAGGUCUGCGCAAUAGCCACGGACGCCUGCCUGGACACGGGAGGGGAUUAAGUUACUGCUGCUGGCGGCGGAUUAUUUUAUUGGCCUCCUGUCACGCCUGCCACCAACCAGCCUUUGGUGAUCCUGUUUCCAAUUAAGCACGAUCGCUGAAGAAGAAGAAGAAGAAGGGGGGAAAAAAACAGGGAUGUCGUUCCGUAGAGGUGUGGUCCGGCAGAGUAAAUUUCGCCACGUCUUCGCUCAGGCCUGGAAGGCCGAGCACUGCCUCGAUGACGUCAGAGUGUCCCGGGUGACAUGGGACGGCCCCCUCAGCGCGGUCAACCCUAAGUUCAUCGCGGUCAUCAUCGAAGCGGGGGGAGGAGGCGCCUUCCUCGUCGUUCCGAUCGGCAAGAGCGGCAGAAUCGACCAGUCCUGCCCCACAGUCUGCGGACACGCGGCGCCUGUGUUGGACAUCCAGUGGUGUCCUCAUGACGACAACAUCAUCGCAAGUGCCUCAGAGGACUGCACAGUGAAGGUGUGGCAGAUCCCCGACGGCGGGCUGACCAGUCCGAUGACGGACCCGAUUGUGACCCUGGAGGGCCACAGUAAAAGAGUGGGAAUCCUGGCUUGGCACCCUUGUGCCUUCAACAUCCUAUUGACUGCAGGCUGCGAUAACGUGGUUUUUGUGUGGAACGUGGGCACGGGCGAACUCGUGUACCAGCUCGCCGACGCCCACCCGGACCUGAUCUACAGCGUCGGCUGGAAUAAGGAUGGCAGCGCCGUGUGUACUGUGUGCAAGGACAAGGCCCUGCGCAUCAUCGACCCACGUCGGGGCGCUGUCCUGAAGGUCAGAGAAAAGGUCCAUGAUGGUACAAGGCCCAUGAGAGCCGUCUUCCUCGCCGAUGGGAAAAUUUUGACCACAGGCUUCAGCCGUAUGAGUGAGAGGCAGCUCGCUUUGUGGGACGCAAAAGAUCUCUCUGAGCCGAUGGCUGUGCAAGAAAUGGAUACAAGUAACGGAGUUCUUCUUCCCUUUUAUGACCCUGACACAAACAUGGUUUACCUUUGUGGAAAGGGGGACUGCACCAUCCGGUAUUUUGAAGUGACAGACGAGUCUCCCUACGUUCACUUCCUGAGUUUAUACAGCAGUAAGGAGCCUCAGAGGGGUGCAGGGUUUCUUUGUAAAAGAGGCGUGGAUGUCAACAAGUGUGAAAUUGCCAGGUUCUACAAGUUGCAUGAAAGGAAAGUGGAACCCAUUUCUAUGACUGUACCACGUAAAUCAGAUCUCUUCCAGGGAGACCUGUACCCAGACACUGCAGGCUUGGAGCCGGCUCUGCUGGCAGAUGAAUGGAUUGCCGGACAGGACGCAGCACCUCUGCUCAUCUCUCUGAGCGGAGGGUACGCGGCUCCUCCCUCCAAACACAGAGACACCCUCAGAAGCAAGCCCAAGCUAAGCUCUCAGGACUCCGGGGCCGGGGGCGCCGCCACAGCAGCAACCGUAGCAGCCGCUCCCACACCUACACCUACCUCUGCCGCCAAGGAAGUGGAGGGAGAAACGCCGCAGCCACGAGUGACCGCAAGGGAGACGGAUGGAAAUACCGAAAGGCCGAGGAGAGAGGAUGAAAUGUUGAGUGAAUUGUUAGCAGAGAUGAAGGCCUUACGGGCAGUCGUGCUCGCUCAGAACCAGAGAAUCGAGCUGCUGGAGAGGCAGCUCGCCCGGAUCGAAGACGGCGACGUGUGAGGAGGCAUAAAACUCACCGCGUUCCUGAAGAAUCUAUAGACUGUAGCCUUACUAGUCUUAACAAUACCUUAAUGCUUUGUGAGUGUAAAAACUGUGUGUAAAGACUAUGAAUCGCAGUGGCUUCCAGCUGCUAUGAUCAAGGCUGUACUUCCCAGAUGAUUUUUCUUUUUAGUAAAUAUGGUGUCAUCUGCAUAGAGUGAAAUUUAUAGCAAAACUAAAGGAUCUUGUAGCAGUUAUUGGAACUUGCAACUUUGAGCUUUUUUAAAAAAAA